AUGGUCGACAAACUCGUCCCCAACGACCCCCGCGUCAAACACCACACCACCACCCUCCCAUCAGGACACACCUACCACUACCUCGAAGCCCUCCCCUCCAGCGGCACCCCCGCCGCGACGGUAGUCCUCAUCCAUGGCUUCCCCGACCUCUCCUUCGGCUGGCGCCACCAGAUCCCCUUCCUCACCUCCCUCUCCCUCCGCGUCAUCGUCCCCGACAUGCUAGGCUACGGCCUUUCCUCCGCCCCCUCCCCCAUCCCACCCUAUUCCUACAAAUCCCUCUCCACCGACCUCGCCUCCCUCAUUCAGCUCGUCUCCCCCUCCCACCCCAUCAUCCUCGGCGGCCACGACUGGGGCGGCGCCAUCGUCUGGCGCCUCGCCCUCCGGCACCCCGCCCUCAUCCUGGGCGUCUUCAGCAUCUGCACCCCCUACAACGCCCCCAACAGCCAGGGUUACAUCCCCAAAAAGGUCCUCAUCGACCAGUUCCUCCCCAACUUUGCCUACCAGCUCCAGUUCGAAGAUCCCACCCUCGAAAACAAAAUCCAGGCCGCCGGGAGGGACGGCAUCAGAAAGUUUCUAAACAUCCUCUACGGCAGCAAAGACAGCAAAACCGGCAAGGGCCAUUUCGUCGCCAACGUGGGGAUUGACCUCUCCCUUUUUGACGAAGGAGUCAAAGUGGAAAAGUCAGAGUUGUUGUCCGAGGAGGAGCUGGAGUUUUACGUUGACCAGUAUGAACGUAACGGGGUCCACGCCCCGAUGAAUUACUACCGGACGUGGGACGUGAAUUACGAGGAGGAGAAGGCUGAUUUGGUGAAGGAGGGGAAGAGCAAGGUUGAGGUGCCGGGCAUGAUUCUUACCGCGACGAGGGACACUGCCUUGCCGCCGAAGAUGGCGGAUAAUAUGGAGCAGUUUUUCCCCAAGGGGUUGAUCAAGAGAGAGGUGGAGGCUAAUCAUUGGGCUACGUGGGAGAAUCCGGAAGAGGUUAACAAGGCUAUUGGGGAGUUUGUGGGGGAGUUGCUCAAGGGGAGGGCGAAGGGGUUCAAGGCUUCGAUUUGA